AACGGGGUAAAAGCGCGCGAAAUAAAAUUCUGCAGAGAAAACUUUCGCCCUGUGAGUCAGUGUUUGCGCCAUUCGUCCUCCGACUUUUAUGAGACCUGUGGCGCUACCGUAGUAUCUCUGGAAGUGAGUGCUCGGAACAAGAAAGAACAGUAUGACGAGAGGAGGAAAGACGCGAGGUGGUGGAGGAAGGCAGCUGGAGGCCACAGUACACACAUCUCUCCCUCCCCGGGUCCAGGGACCACUGCGGGCCUACGUGAGGGUGUGUCUCCCAGCCAUACACUGGGAGUACUCUGUGGGUCCCCCUGCCUCCAAACUGUGUGUGGGGAUGAGGUGGUGGGGGGAGGAGUCUUCCGGAACUGUCUUCAGGGUGCCAGUGGUUCAUGGUCAGAGAAGGUGUUCAUCCGAAGAGAGCACUACUCUAGCCUUCUUCCCAGUCCGCUCGGCUCUGCCUCAGCUAUCUUCAUAUCUCAAAGACAUGAAGUCACUGAAGUUGAGGGUGGGUCUGGGUCACAUGACAGACGACUCAAUGGUGAUUGGUCGAUCCACUCUUCCUGAUCUGUCAACACUCACCAAGUCUCAACCCUACGAAGACUCGCUGCCCAUCAUAGGCACACAGGGUCACCGGCUGGGAAGACUACAGGUCCAGAUAGAACUGCAGGUCGCCAGAGCCGGUCAAACCCGUCUGACGACCCCUGCAGCAGCAUCGGACGACGUCUCCCACCCUCCAGAGUUCAAAGUUGGACCCGGCGCUCACCGCGCGACUGAGAAACAGCGAGAACCGAUUGCAGAAAUAGACACACUACCGCCUCAAGAGCACAGAGCUACAAGUAGUCGCAACACUAACAGGGGACACGCUGAGCCGAAGACAUACACUGAAUCUGCUGCCAGCCACAAAGCAGCUCUGCUUGCCAAGUACAUAAACCCUAACACGUCGAAAGAAACAGCUACUGGGCAGGAACAAAUGACUGUGUCUCCCACUGGCAGUGGGAGCACAACUGGCCAGUCAGUGUAUGGAGAGAUGGGUUCUGCUGUAGCACGUCCUCUAGGUCCACAACAACAGGAGGUGAUUGCUGAAUUGAUAGAGAGAGGAGAGAGACUUCGAGAGGCCAUGGCGAGAGCUGUACUCGACUCGGGAAUCGAGAAGAAGAAAGGGAGGGAGAGAGGGAGGAAAAGGGGGCGUGUUCCUCUGUGUGGAGUUGUUGGAGAGGUGUACAGCAGUGAGGAGGAGGAAGAGGAGGAGGAUGGAGAUGUAUCAAUGGAGGAAUCAGAUUAUCCUCUGCGAGAUCCUUCUCUGCUGGAGAAACUGCUGCAUAGUAGAGAUGUUGAAACAGGGAAGAAAACGCAAGAUUUUGGAACCCAAACACACUCUCCUACUACUACUGACUUCCCCAGUGGCAGCAAGUCUACCGCGCAAUCGGACGACCUACACCAUCGUCCCUCCUCCCCUCCUCCAUCUCCGUCCUCCCACUCCUCUAAGUUAGAGGCCGGAGGCAGUCUCUCCACCCUUGCCUCUUUCUUCUCCGGACACUCGCUACAGAAGUCAACUGAUGCUGAAAUCCUGCAGGCUGUGGGAGUGGAGAGACUGACACUAUUAGGCAGAGUCACCUCGUGCCGCGUGGUGAUAGAUAUUCUUGAGGUAGACCCUCUCAAAAUGGCCGCCGUCCUGAGACACAGUGGGAUCAAAAUGGCCGCCGUCCUGGUACCCAGUGGGAAGAAGAGACAGUACCAAUCUGGGCCCCUCUCUACUUCCCUCAGUGGGACGUUCUUCGUGGAGUACCAUUUCCCUGCGGCAGUAUCUGGUCGAGGAGGGAGAGGGAGAAAGGGAGUAGUGUUCCCCCCUCCACACGAGGUCGUGAGAGUGGCCUCCAGGAAGAUAAAGAAUAAAGUUGUUCGUUUUGGGCAUCGCUCGGUGUUUGCAGUGAGUCCUCGCUGGUCCUGUGACCAGACAGUGGUGGCACGAUGUUCUCAUCUUCAACGUGUACUAUCGACCUCCUACGGAUCGAGACUCCGUGUCGGUUGGGGAAGGCGAGGGUGCGUUUCGUCAGUGGCUGAUGGCUGGAGGCUUCAUCUACCGUGGUGGCUCUUGUUACCACCUGGGCUGGGGGCAAAGAGAGAUGAGGAUUUGAUAGAGCUGACGACGAUGAGAUAUAUUGUGAAGCUAACGGGUGUCUGCAGUUCUGUCUGUGGAAAGGGAGUCUGAUCGUGAGGGUUCUCAGUGCAGAGCCUCCUACAGGGCCAGAGAGCCAGAGGUUGAAGAGGGAAGCGGAGAGAGAAAGAAAGGACACAAGCUAGAGAAACCUCAGCAGCGAGGGAGAGAGAAAGUGAAAUAUUGGGUGCCGCCCCUCCAAAUUAGAGUAACAGAAUACAGAAGUUUCUACAAAAGAUACGACCAGGGUGUCCUCCACGGGCACUACAACUGCUCCUGAUGGGUCCAGAGGCCACUGACACGACUCUGCCACGGUCAGUCACACCACCGUCUCCUCUUCCCCCAGAGAUCUAGCCCCCAAACUGCUACCUCGUCUGUCGGCUGUUUUGUACCAGCCCACACCCUAAAAUCACCACCAUCUGGGCCUCGAGUCGCCCCAUUCAACUUAAAGCAGGUAAAUCUCUUAUGCCCCAUACUUUUUGGAAGGAGGACGGGUUACACCAGCCCUAAGAUUGUUUAGCGUGUGCGAAUAUGGUGUUUCCACUCUAUCUCACUCCCUCGCGCUGGACCAAGUGUGAGAUAAACUUACAGUGGUGGGAGGUGUGGAAUAAGACACC